CCCAGCCUUUCUCCGUCAUGUACUCCUCAGGUCUUAUUGCCACUGCUAUUGCUCUUGCUUCAAGUCAAUCCGCAUUCGCAUGGUUCCGUGUUGCUUGCACGACUCCUCUAGUUUCGGAGCGUGUUGACCCUGUCAUUUCUCCCGGCGUCAUUCCUUCCAACCACGUUCAUACUAUCCACGGUGGUCAAAACUUUGCGGCUAACGCCACCUUCGACACACUCCGAGCUUCCUCAUGUACAUCAUGCCUUGUCACUCAGGAUGAUACUAAUUAUUGGUUCCCCAAGCUCUACUUCCGUGAUCCCACUACACAGCAGUACGAGGAAGUUAGCAAUGGUGGUCUCCUUGUCUAUUAUCAGAACCGUGGAGACCUCGACGUUUCUAACGGUGGUCCCGGUCUCAAAGCCUUCCCUGCCGGUUUCAAGAUGAUAUCCGGAAACCCUGCACGUCGUGGUACUCAAUAUUCGACGAGUGACCCAUCCCAAGCUGCGUUGGCGGAACGCGCUCAGUUCUUCUCAUGCUUGAGAUACACUGAUGGCGUUGAUGGCUACGAUGGGUACGGAUUCCCAACGACGAAUUGUGAGGCCGGAUUGAACGCGCGAAUUCACUUCCCUGCUUGUUGGGACGGUGUGAACUUGGACUCUUCAGACCAUACGUCACACACGGCGUUCCUCUCUGAGCUUGACAAUGGAGCUUGCCCAGAUACCCACCCCGUUGGUCUCAUGAAGCUUCUAUACGAGGUUACUUGGGACAUCAAUGCUUUUGCCGACCGUUGGGAUACCACGAAUUCCUCAGCCUGGCCUUUCGUCUACGCCACCGGCGAUCCUACGGGUCUGUCCUGGCACGGAGACUUCCAGAACGGUUGGGACGUUACCGCCCUUCAGAACGCCAUUGACGACUGCAACAACCCCAACGACGAGACCUGGGAUGGUGUCACUGAGGCGUGUUCGUAUUUGACAGUCCAGCAAUCUUCAGUCGCUUCGACAUGUAAGGCCCAGGUCGUGGUUGACGAGACUGUCGGUGGCGACGGCAUUAUUCUGGACAGACUACCUGGUUGUAACCCCCUUCAAUAUGGCCCCGAAGAUGCGACCUACUAUUCCGACUCGAAUUGCCCCACAAGCGGAUUUACUUUCUAAUCAGAUACCAUAUUCCACACAGGUUCACCAUCUUUUCUUAGCCGUUUAAACUUUACUUCUGGGUUUUUGGACGUUGGCACUGUCUUUACAUACAUGCCGCAUAUUUAUUCCUUGAUAUACACCAAUCGUGAACCAUUGAUACUCUCUCCACGAGUGUCAUUCCCC